GAGAGAGAGAGAGAGAGAGAGAGAGAGAGAGAGAGAGAGAGAGAGAGAGAGAGAGAAGUUUCGAGGUUGCUGUCUCGCGCCGCUUGUUGUCAUUAUGGCUCGUCGGUGUCCUCGUGCAGCGUUGCCCUGGCAGCCGCGUUGAGGAAACACCACAAAGUGUCACCAUGGCUGAAUUUGGAGAAAACAAGAGCGCCGCUGGUCCACCGGUUGCUGGUUGGAAACCGACGUCAGGAGCCGGGACGAGUCCGGAGAGUCGCCGCGGACAGCCGUUGUCAAACGGUAAUUGCAGCGUUUCUGACACCGUGAAGAAGGUCCAGAACGAUUCCAGCUCCUCCGGUUCCCCGACGUGGGAGAACACUGAGUCAGGGUGUAAAACAAUCCCACGACGCAGCAGUCUGAUAAAGGAUGGGUCACGCUUAGGUCGAGACAGAAAGAAGACGGUGUCUUUUAGCAGCAGUCUGUCAGAGAAGAAAAUCAGUAACGCUGCCGACUGUAUCCACUCCAUGGUUGAAGGUUCUGAGCUGAGGAAGGUGCGGCCCAAUUCACGUGUCUACCAGCGGUACUUCCUCUUGGAUGCAGGUCUCCAGGCUCUGUACUGGGAACCAUCUAAGAAGGAGUCAGAUAAAGCAAGAAUCUCCCUGUCCUCCAUACGAGAGGUACGGACAGGCCGUAACACAGAGACUUUCCGCACCAGUGGAGUGUAUGAGCAAAUUUCAGAGGACUGCACAUUCUCCAUCAUCUAUGGAGAGACGUACGAGAGCUUGGACCUGGUGGCCAACUCUGCUGAAGUGGCAAAUAUUUGGGUGACUGGCCUGCGGUAUUUGAUGCAGUAUGGCAAGCAUGCUUUGGACAUUAUCGCCAGCAGUCAGGACAGUCUCCGGAUUGGCUGGUUGGAGCAGUUGUUCUCUUCCGCUGCAGAUUUGGAUCGGGAGGAGGACACGGAAGAGGGGAUUUGCCUGCAAUCGGCCAUAAGGUUGAUACAGAGUGUGAACCCUGGCGUGAGCAGUGGUAAAGUUGAGCACAGGUUUAAAGAGCUUCAAAGACUAAGGGAGAAGAUGUGUGGCCUUUCACUUGAUAAUGGAUCUGAACUUAACUGCAGUGAAAACAAAAGACUAUCAGGAAAGAAUGAGCAAGUCACCAAACAGGAGUUCAUUAAGGUCUUCCAUGAUGUUUGCACCCGUCCAGAGAUUUACUUUCUGCUGGUGCAGUUCUCUAGCAACAAGGAGUUCCUGGACACCAAAGACCUGAUGAGAUUCCUUGAGGCUGAACAGGGCAUGGUUCAAGUCAGUGAGGAGACCAGCCUGAAGCUCAUCCAGUCCCAUGAGCCAUCAGAAGACGGCCGACAACAGGGAUUCCUGUCACUGGAUGGUUUUACCAGCUACCUCAAUUCAGCAGAGUGCCAACUCUUUGACAGGGAGCACGAUAAAGUUUGCCAGGACAUGUCCCAGCCUUUGUCCCAUUACUACAUCAACUCUUCUCACAACACCUACCUCAUUGAAGACCAGUAUCGAGGUCCCUCUGAUAUCUCUGGCUACAUCCGUGCCCUCAAAAUGGGUUGUAGGUGUGUGGAGGUGGAUGUUUGGGAUGGCUCUGAUGAGGAACCAGUGGUCUGUACUGGACACAGUCUCUCCCCACCAUUGAUCUUCCAUUGUGUCUUGGAAGCAAUUGCAAAAUUUGCCUUUGUGUCAUCUGAGUACCCUUUAAUUCUGUGUCUUGAGAACCACUGCUCACUUCAGCAGCAGAAAGUGAUGCUGAAGCACCUUGUGAAAAUACUAGGAACAAAGUUAUGCGUAGAUCUCCCAGACAAGGAGGAAUCGUACCUGCCAUCACCACAUGCGCUAACGGGUCGGAUACUACUGAAGGGUAAGAAACUGGGGCCUGUUUGGCAAACGGAGGAUGGGGAGGUGAGUGAGGAGGAUGAAGGAGCAGAAAUGUGUCAAAGGAUAAAAUUAGCUAAUAGUGGAGCGACAGUACAUGGAGGAUGUGACCAGGAUGCCGUGCAGAAAAGUGGUUCUCUUACAGGUGUCACUCAGUGUAAUCAUCCAAACAAGCGUUUCCAGCUGUUGAAGGAGCUUUCAGACUUAGUAACUCUUUGUCACUCAGUACCCUUCAUUGACUUUCCAACAUCAUCCAGAAGCCAAAAACCAUGGGAAUUAUGUUCUUUUCAUGAGUCCCUGGCUGUGCGUCUCGCUGGCGAUAGCCCCGGUGACUUUGUCAACCACAACAAGCACUUCUUGUCAAGAGUGUACCCAAGCCCCAUGCGAAUUGACUCAAGUAACAUGAAUCCUCAGGACCUGUGGAAGUGCGGCUGCCAGAUUGUGUCUAUGAAUUUUCAGACAGCGGGACUGAUGAUGGACUUGAACACGGCCUGGUUCCGGCAGAAUGGGAAUUGUGGUUAUGUUCUACGACCAGCCAUCAUGCGCCAGGAGGUGUCUUAUUUCAGUGCGGACACCAGAGACAUGGUGCCGGGUGUGACUCCUCAGCUGCUCCAUGUCAAGGUGAUCAGUGGCCAAAACUUCCCCAAGCCAAGGGGUUCAGGUGCCAAAGGAGAUGUGGUAGACCCUUAUGUGUAUGUAGAGAUCCAUGGCAUCCCAGCUGACUGCUCAGAACGCCGUACCAGGACCAUAACCCUGAAUGGCGACAACCCAAUCUUUGAUGAGAGCUUUGAGUUCCAGAUCAACUUGCCAGAGCUGGCAAUGGUUCGCUUUGUGGUACUGGAUGAUGACUUCAUAGGGGAUGAGUUCAUAGGCCAGUACACCAUACCUUUGGAGUGCCUCCAGCCGGGUUACCGACAUGUUCCCCUACAGUCUCUGACAGGGGAAGACCUUACAUAUGCCAAGCUGUUCGUGCAUGUGGCCAUCACAAAUCGGAGAGGAGGUGGUAAGCCUCACAAAAGGGGUCUGUCUGUUCGGAAAACCAGGAAGGGGAGAGACUACACAGCUCUUCGGGACUUGGGGGUCAGGUCUGUGGAUGAUGUUUUCAAGAUGGCUGCUCCUCUACUGAAAGAAGCUACUGACUUGAGGGAAAACAUGCAGAAUUCAGUAACAAUGUUCAGGGAGCUGUGUGGAGUGUCGGCGGUAGCUAACCUCAUGCAAUGUGUGCUCGCAUUGGGCUCCAGAGUGUCCGGACCAGACGGGAUGCCCAUAUUGCUGUUUGACCUUCGCGGCCACUACCCCACCCUGGAGACCCAGGGGCCACUGCCCGAUGUCCUGCGCCGGGCUGUCUCCACCUAUGAAAUGAUGGUGCAAGCAAGCAGAGCGGUGAUGGAGCUCUCUGACGGAAUCUACGACAGGAUCUUGCACAUACAGAUAACAGCUAUGGAGUUUCACGAGAACUUGCAGAGCCUGGCAGUGAAGGAGGGGCUGAAAGGUCGGAAGGUCAGUCGAGCGCUGGAGUGUUUCACCUGGAACAUCACCAUUCUUAAGGGUCAAGCUGACCUCCUCCAACACGCCAAGGCUGAAGUCCAGGAGAACAUGAAGCAGAUCCACUACGCUGCCGUCACCGGCAACCUCACCAAGGAAGGCGGCAGGAGAGUCCGACCCCGGUCACGAGGUCACGAUGCCACAUUUGCUCAGGAGAGAGCCAGCAGCGGCGCUCGAGGAGCCUCGGCGUAGCGAGCUGGUGGCGCUCUGCUGCAACAGCAGGUUACCAAACAGGAGAGGAUUUCAGCCAAGUCACCGUGGUAACUGUUGUGCAAACCCUCUCCGUGUCAAGUGGUUUCACUGCAGGUUCAAAACAUCAGGCAGGUAGCCUGGAUCACGUUUCUAAAGGAGCACUAAUGAAUGUAGGCUUCAAAAUGCAGCUACUGUCCGUCUACUCACGAGAUUUCAAACCUGAAAAACAAGCCACAGUCGUCUCUGCUGGAUUCAAAUGUAAAUACACCAACAUCUUUAUUAACCCCUUCAGAUGUGUUUCAGUUGAGUUUAGUCUUCACAUCCCCCCCCCCCCCCUUUUUUUUGAUGACUCAGACUUCAUCCAGAUGAUGUUUUGAUCUUUGGAAAUGCAGCCCCGCUGCAUCUACAUACUAAUUAUUUGUGCGUAACGAGGCUACUAAAUGAGAUCCAGGUUGUGUUGCAGCGAUCCUCAUCGGAUCACGUCGUCAUUCCUUUAGACUGGCUGUUAAAAGGAACUAAUUUCAGUAGGAUGAUUUUGUCUAUCACCAUUCAACAAUUGGCAGAGUGGAUUUGAUUCUGUCACUCAAAAUAAUUUCUCCUUAGUGUUUGCAGGUCCGAGGGACCCCCUCCCUGUUUCAAAAGUCCUCACAGCCCCUGUACGUAGACUGAUAGCAUUCUAUAUAUUUUUAUACCCCGCUAAAGCCAUGGUGUUAACUAAACCACUGUUACUAACCCUAACAACCAAACGUCUGUCUCUAAGGAACAAAUGUGUAUAUAUUGAUGAUGACUGCUUUAUUGGGGGGGGGACAAAAACACUGUACAGUAUUUUAAUAUGUAAUUCAGUCCUUUUCUGUGUAAAGAUUAUUUUUUUUCCAUAAUUUAUUUAUUCCUGAAUUAAAACAUUCCAAAUAGGUUGUGUUUUUAGUGCAGUACGUGGGAAUUGAAAUGUGCAAACUUGAGAAAAGCAUAGAGUUAAUUUUGACCUGCUGUACCAGUCAGGAUGAAAAUAAAGUUUUUAAACAAGUGAUUUUGUCAAUUAUUUGCUCUUAAGAGCGUGACAUUGAUUUGUGCUCUGUCAGAAUGACACGUAGG